UUCACGAGGUGUAUCCACCGCGUGUGUUUGAACAGAAGAUGAUCUAGCGCCAUCCACACUGCUCCCCCAAGACUGGCUAUAUAGACGGCAGACAGAGUCAUCAUCCUGCCCUCCUUCUCUCCUCCUCCCUCUCUCUUCCAAACCAGGCUCCACCUCUCACUUUCUCUCCCUCUCCCAGCCUCACACUCACACACACAACACACAUGCACACUCUCUCUCCAAGACUCCCUUCUCCUACUCCAGAUGAGCGUGCCUCCUUGUCAGGGUGAGCAGAUUUGGAGCUGAAGGUGUGCUGUUGUUGCCAGAUAACUGCCAUUUGGAAAGGAAGACUGGAGGAAACCCCUCUAACUGAAGAUAUUAUCUGAGUGACUGCCAGUGAGUGUGGAGGAAGCAUUUAAAGAGACACUGCAGCGGGUAUCAUUGAGUUAAAGCAUCUGCCUGGCGUCCCGGCAUCGCCACGAUGAGUGAGAGUCGAAGGGAAGCAUUGGCGGCAGCAGCGCCCGAGCCCUCCACCGCCUCCUCCGCCACAGCUGGCUCCAACACCACCAACAUGGCCGGCCCGGGCACUGGCGAGAAGGACGAGGCCUUUUCCAAGCUGAAGGACAAGUUCAUGAAUGAGCUGAACAAAAUCCCAUUGCCAUCAUGGGCCAUUGUCUCUAUUGCCUUUGUGGCUAUCAUCCUGGUGUUGGCAUGCUGCUUCUGCAUCUGCAAAAAAUGGAUAUUCAAGAAGAAAAACAAAAAGAAGGGCAAAGACAAGGGCAAAAAUGCCAUCAACAUGAUGGACGUCAAGGAUGGAGCCAAAACCGAGGCCUUGAAGGAUGAUGAGGAGGAUGCGGAGACAGGGCUGACUGAAACGGAGAAAGAGGCCGAGCCCAAGGAGGACCAGAAACUGGGCAAAUUACAAUACUCCCUGGAUUACAAUUUCACAGAGAAUACGCUCAUGGUGGGGAUCAUCCAGGCGGCAGAGCUGCCUGCUAUGGACAUGGGUGGCACAUCUGAUCCAUACGUAAAGGUCUACCUGCUGCCUGACAAGAAGAAAAAGUUUGAGACCAAGGUCCACAGGAAGACCCUUAAUCCUGUCUUCAACGAGCAGUUCACCUUCAAGGUCCCCUAUGUAGAGCUCGGUGGAAAGACACUGGUAAUGACGGUGUACGAUUUUGACCGCUUCUCCAAACAUGAUGCCAUCGGCGACAUCAAGGUGCCGAUGAAUAAGGUGGACUUCAGCCACGUAACAGAGGAGUGGCGGGAUCUACAGAGCGCUGAGAAGGAGGAGCAAGAGAAGCUGGGUGAUAUCUGCUUCUCCCUGCGAUAUGUUCCCACUGCUGGCAAGCUGACCGUUGUCGUCCUCGAGGCCAAAAACCUGAAGAAAAUGGACGUGGGAGGCUUGUCAGAUCCAUAUGUGAAGAUCCACCUUAUGCAAAACGGCAAGAGGCUGAAGAAGAAGAAGACGACAAUCAAGAAGAACACCCUCAACCCUUACUACAACGAGUCCUUUAGUUUUGAAGUCCCAUUUGAACAAAUCCAGAAAGUGCAAGUUGUUAUAACUGUUCUGGACUAUGACAAGAUCGGCAAGAACGAUGCCAUCGGCAAGGUCUUUGUGGGCCUCAACAGCUCGGGGACGGAGCUGCGCCAUUGGUCUGACAUGCUGGCCAACCCCAGGAGACCCAUCGCCCAGUGGCACGUGCUGAAGCCUGAGGAAGAGGUGGAUGCUCAGCUCUCCACCAAGAAAUAGGCAGGGCCCUUUCAGCACCUGCCUUGUAGUACUCUUUAGCCAGUAUGUGUAAAUACCUCAGUGAUAUAUGGGUCCAUCCAUGUAACCCCCCUCUUUACCCCGCCUCUCAGCCUCUUCCAGCUUUACCCCUCCUAAUAUCACAAACAAUCCUAAUUGUUCAAACACCCCACCUUCUGCUUGUUUUCUAUCAGGUUCUACUUUUCUCGCUUUCUUUUUUUUUUGUUCCUCUCUGUUUCAGCAGUUUUUGUUUUCCAUCUCUGUGCCCUUAACCGCCCUGACCAAAUGCCCCCUUCUUUUAAGCAAUAUGAUCUGUAUAGAUAGCGCAUGACUGAAAGAAUUUAUUGUACCACAGUUGUAUAUAUAAGUAUGCAGACAAAAAAGAUUUUUAGUUUGUGUUUGUAUGUUGUUACCCGUUUCCUAAUCUGUGUAUAUCUUGAUGUUUUUAAUAAGAUGUUCUAUUUUAAAUUAUGUAAAUGCAGAUAUAGAGGAAAGCCAAUAUUAUAUAUCCCAGGAUUUAAAAAUUCUACCUUAUUACCUUAUUGCAUUCCAGAAAAAAAGAAGAAUUCCAACCUGCAAGACACUAGUGGAAAUAUAUUCAAAUAUUGUAAAGGACGAUGUCUGGCUUUAAGUUCAGCAAAGGAUCAUCACUGAAAAGACAAAGAGAUGAAUAUAUACACACAAAACUCCAAAAUACAAGGCCAUUAACUACUAUGGUUCUGAGGGAAAAAUUAUGCUGCUGGAAAUUAUACAAGCACAUGAUUUCUUACGACUUUUGUACUUAUUUCUCAAUCAGAGGACCUAUAUGUUUAGCUUGAUGCACACUGUUACCAGAAACAAUAGUCAAUGCAAACCAAUUAGCAUUUAAUUUCUCCAUGUUUGGCAGUUUCUUCUAAGUGAAAUAGGUCCUCGUUUUAAAGGCCAUCAUUCACUUAUACUGGCUUGUUUGCUUUUCCAAAAAUGGAAAAUAUUGCCUCCAAAAAAAGACUAAUUUCUCAACCCUUCAGAAAUCAGAAUCAGAAUCAGAAAUACUUUAUUGAUCCCCGUAGGGAAACUCUUUGUUACAGUAGCUCACCUUUACGUCCUUGCACACAACCAGAAACAUACCCCAUGUGAAAAAAAGCACCAAGCUGUAGCCAUUGUGUCCUUAAGCUCGUUUAACAAAAUUAGUUAACUGCUUACUUUGAACAGCCUUGUCGUUGUUGGAAGUAUAUUGCAUUUAGGCCGGGGUCCAAUCUUUGAGAGGGAGUAAAAAAUUUUAAAAAAAGAGUCGUGACUCUGGUUUUAAGAGGACUAUUUUUUAGAGCAAUUCAGCGUCUUGACUAUUUUUAGUAAACUGCAUGAUUUUUUUUACAAUCUUUACUAAAGGCUGGAAUGGCGGGAGAUCUACUGACACCAGGGGCUGUCUCUUCUGAUACGAUCCCCUUGCCUUCAAUCAGAGGAGCAGAAAGAAAAAACAAGAGUAAUGUUUAAACUUUGGGUCAGUGUAUACGAUUACAUUGACAGAGGCGAAGCAAGUUUCUAAACACUGCCAUUUUCAGAGAGGUGACUUAUGUAGAGACCCUCUCUUCAUGCACACUCCCACUUGCUAGUGGUUGUAGCUUUGGUUUAUUGGGAACAAUGUCUUUGGCUGCAAUGGUGCCCUGAAUCGCAGUCUUUGCUUUGCGUUGCCUUCUCACAGUGACAAUAGAGCUAGCCAUGUUUUACUGCCAAUUUUAACUUUUAUGUGGCUGCUGUUUUGCACUGGUUGUCUCUGAACUGGCUGGUUGACUUCUUUAGAGAGAAAUUUAUGGACAAUAGUUGGCUGGCUUUAUUUCAGGAUACCUGCAGAGGGAGCCAGAAAUCCGCCUGCUUGAUCAGCUUAAUUAAAAGAAAGAAAGCAAUGAUGACAAAUCACGUUUCAGCCAACAGCAUUAACAUCAGUUUUGUUUUCUUGUUGGCACAGGACUACACCAAGAGAACGCGAAAUAACCGUAAAGUUAAUGGUCUGUGCAGGCUAUUAGUCCAUCAUGUCCUUUACUACGGGUCCAAUUAGCAAAGAAAUAAGUUUUAAUCCAUGAAAACCAUAAAGUCUCUUAUCUUGGAGGAACCUCUUGCAUAUACUCGAUGCUAGCUUCAGGAGGACUUUCUAAAUGUUUUCAAUGUUAUUGUGUAGUUGAUAGCACUAUUAUGAAAAAGCUACUUGUCAUUCCAUAUGAGUCUCUGAGGACUGCUUUGUGUAUCACUGUGACUGCCGUGUAUGCUUAGAGAUGUAGACUUAUCAGUAGGUAGCGAAACCAGUUUGUUCUGUAGUGAUGUCGUAGCGUUUAAUGCCAUUUUCCCUUCUACACGCAGAGAAAGAGAGAGCACGUGGUGUCACCCGACUGCACGUGGCAAAAAAAGGCAGAAAGACACUUUAAUCUGAGCGCGAGCGGGUCGCUUCACACAGCAUUUUGUUGAGCACUGUGCAAUACUUGUAUGUUCAUCCCAUAGUGUUAAUGUGGGUGGCAUUGCCCGAGAAAAAAGAUUAUAACGCUAGAGGAUGAUUCUAGUCCAGAGAGAUGUUUCUCCUUUCCAUUGAAAUGGUUAGGACACAGCACACGUCGAUUCAGCUUGUAGGUUGAAGCUUGACACCUGUCGACCUCUGUUUAGGGUUCCCUCCCUUUUCGCAGGUUUGUUUUCUCUUCUUGCACACAGUUCCAGCAUCAGAAGUUUCAGGGAGUAUUAUUUAAAUACUAAACCAGGCUCUACAUUUAAAUAUCCCCUUAAAAUGCCAUGUAUAUAUUUACAUAAUCGUGUCAAAAAUGUAUAUCUAGAAUAAAUAUAAAAUGACAUGAAUAUGAUUAUUAAGCUGCAAAUAUAAUUUUAUCUAUCUAUCAUCCAUAUACUAUAUCUCAUCAACACAUUUUCAUUAUGGAUUUUUUAUUAUUUAACUGCCCUGUUGAUUCAAAAACCCCUUUUUAUAUUUGAGAUGAAAACUCUGAAUGUACAGUAUGGACUGUGUUGGUGUAGAUUACUUUAACCGUGAGAUUAGAUGUACUUUGCACUUUUUGUUGUAAAAAAAAUAAUUUUAUUUAUAUUUAUAUUUUGUUUAUAUCAACUAUUAUGAAUUUAUUUCAUAACCCUUUGGGGUAAAAUCUCCCUGUCUGAUAGCAUUCCAAAAUCAUUGAAUAUACUUAAAUACAGCUGCAUUCCCUAUCCCUCUUCUGAGGGAUUCUUUUAAUUUGACAUGUUUACAUAGGUAGAUUUAUGAAUUCCAGUACAGCUUCAGAUUUAAAUGAAUAAAAUGGAUCAAAGUCACUAUCAGUAAAGGUAAAGGCUCUGUAAAAGUGGCCUGAGCAAUUCAAUAUUAAUGCAUAAAGGUUGUACUAACGGAAUAAUCCGAUCAAAGCUGAAAGAAAAUCAAAGAGAAUUAUUUCAGAAAUAACACAAAUGUGUAUAAACAUAUCAGGGAAUUCAGUAAUGGGCAGCAUUGCAGAACCUGUUGGAUUGCGAGGUGUGUGGAGACACCACAAAGCAAAAGCCAUUUCCUGCAACGCAAUGCUACUCUUAUUGCGAUUUCCUACCAAAGUAUGCGUUCGUAAUCAAACCCUAAAGUCUCCUCUUGUAAAAAAAAAUACCUUAUCAAGAUCUCUGUGUGACAAGGAACUCAAGAUUCUCUCCAGUGACACUGACGAAAAGCCACACUGACCUUUCAAAAACAAAGCUGUGUAAAGUAUUAGAAUCUGAUGCUGUAGAAAGAUCCUAGUUGCCUUUGUGUAUAUCAACUGCCUGCUUGAGUAUUUUGUGUGUGGAAAUUUUCUCUGUAAUCUUGUAGAACUGUUUGGGGUGUUUUUCCUGCCAUAUCGCUCGCGGUGAUGGCGAGCCGCUGACAGUUAUAUUUGCUGUGUAUACCUUCAUUUUUGACGAGGUGUUUUACAGUUUUGUUUCACUUUGUGUAGUGAUUCACUCUGUGGAGUUUUCUGACUGUUGUUAUAUAACUUCAUAUACACAAAUGAUCAAUAAAAAUGUUUUAUUUCCUGUUGAUACAGAAGCUUA